AGUUGUGGGAAGAAAAGCAGAGCAGACACCAGAGGAGCCCAGCUUGGCAGCAGCCUGAGACACAAACCUCCUCUCCAGAGGAAGAGCCUAGCCCACAGCAGAGACUAUGGAACUCACCUCAGCCCCUCUCCACAAAGAACAGGUCUGGAGAGGACUCCUGCUCACAGUCUCUCUUUUAACCUGCUGGAACUCUCCCACCACUGCCAAAGUAACUGUUGAAGCAGUUCCACCCCAUGUUGCUGAAGAGCAGAAUGUUCUUCUACUUGUCCACAAUCUGCCAGCAGAAGUCCGAGCUUUCUACUGGUACAAAGGAGAAACUGUGGUUGAUAGUAAUGAAAUUGCACGAUUUCUAAUAUCCAGUAGUACAAAUAAAACAGGGCCUGCAUACAGCGGCAGAGAGAUGAUAUACCCCAAUGGAUCCUUGCUCUUCCAGAAUGUCACUCAGAAUGACACAGGAGUCUACAUGCUAAACAUGAUAAUGGAAAACUUUGAUUAUGAGAGUGCAUCCGUGCAGUUCCGUGUACACCCACCACUACCCAAGCCCAACAUCACAACCAACAAUUCCAAUCCCAUGGAGGGUGACGACUCAGUAGCAUUAAUGUGUGAGCCUAAGACUCAGAAUACAACCUACUUGUGGAGGAUAAAUGGUCAAAGCCUCUCAGAAGAUGACAGGCUGAAGCAGUCUGAGGGCAACAGGACUCUCACUUUACUCAGUGUCCUGAGGACUGACAUAGGACCCUAUGUGUGUCAAACCCGGAACCAAGUGAGCACUUCUCAAAGUGACCCAUUCACUCUAAACAUUACCUAUGGUCCAGAUGCCCCGAUCAUAUCCCCCUCAAAUAUUUAUUUCCAUUCAAGGACAAACCUCAGCCUCUCCUGCCACACAGAUUCUAACCCACCUGCACAGUACUCUUGGUUUGUCAAUGGAGACCUCCAGUCAUCCUCCCAAGAGCUCUUUAUCCCCAUCAUUAAUACUAAUAAUAGCGGAUCUUAUACCUGCCUCGUCUAUAACUCUGUCACUGGCCUCAAUAAGAACACAAUCAAGAACAUUACAGUCCUUGAGCCAGUGACUCUGCCCUUCAUCCAAGUCAUCAAUACCACAUUCAAAGAACUGGACUCUGUGUUCAUGACCUGCUACUCAAACAACACUGGAAUCUCCAUCGGUUGGCUCUUCAAUGGCCAGAGUCUGAGGAUCACAGACAGGAUGAAGCUGUCCCAGAACAACAGCACCCUCACCAUAGACCCUGUCAGAAGAGAGGAUUCUGGGGACUAUCAGUGUGAGGUCUCCAAUCCAGUCAGUUCCAAGAAGAGUGACCCCAUCCAGCUGAACAUAAUACCUGACCUAACCCAAGGAACUGCUGUCCUCUCCGGAGGUGCCAUUGCCAGCAUUGUGGUUGGAGCUGUGGCUGGGAUGACUCUUAUAGCAGUACUGGCAUAUUUCCUUUAUUUUAGGAAGACUGGAAGGAGAACUGACCAGCAUGAUCUCACAGAGCACAAAUCCUCAGCCUCCAACCACAAUCUGGGCCUCUCUGACAACUCUCCGACUAAGGUGGAUGAAGUGGCAUAUUCCGUCCUGGACUUCAAUGCCCAGCAACCCAAACCACCAACUUCAGCCUCCCCAUCUCCAAGAGCCACAGAGGAAGUUUAUUCAGAAGUAAAAAAGAAGUGAUCACAGUCUAUCCUGCUGGCUACACCAAGGAUGCAUCCCCAGAUUCUCUCCUUUCACUAGGAGAUCUCCAUACUCUAGACAUGAGGGAACACACACACACACACACACACACACACACACACACACACACACACACUUCCAGGCUGCAGUCACUCUUUCAGUGCCCAUAGAAGGAAAAGUGUGUUCUGGAGCCUACAGGAAACCCAACCUUUCUUGGAAUUGAAAUUUAGCUAAGACAGAGACAUCAAACUGUCUACCCCUUCACUUUCCUAACCAUGGCUUGUUUUAAAUUGACCUAUUCAAAGCACGUUUGUUCCUCCCCCAACUCCAAGUCCUGCCCUAUCAGAGUCAAACAAAGGAAAAGCAGGAAAUGGCCAUUCCCAUCUCUUUAAAACCUGAUGUAAAGCCACCAUACACAGGAAGAUCACACCUGGAGCCAGUAGUUCACUGGGAAAUCUACACACCUGAUAACUGUCAUGCUUGCCCAGCUGUGGCAUCAGGCUCUCUGUUCAUUGUGGCUUUACACCUGAGUCCCUCUCUGAGCCUUUUUCCAGAAAACCCACUCAAGGCAGCUAGAAAAGCUCUUUGGUAGCAUCCACAGGCCAUUGCCAAAGCAGAGUGUAGACACAAAGACAACAUCUCUAACAUCUACCAGGAAGGUGUCCAGAAAAGCAGGGCUGGUGGUUUUGAACGGACAGACUUCUGGAAUUUGAAAAAGGAGCAGAGAGAUGCCCUUCGUGGAGUAUUGGAAUUGUUUUAAAAAGAAGUCACAUUUGGAGGUAUCGGGACUUCCCUCUUUCUAAGACAAUCAACUAUUUGAAUUUCUGUAACUGCUGACUUACCUCACUGUGUGAGCUGAUCAGUCUACCUUAGGGGCAAGAAGCCACUAAGCCUCUGGCUCCCUUGGCCAGGAUAAAAAGUCCUCUCAAGCCCUUCUGAUCAAGAGUUCAAACCAAAGAUAAAUAAAUGAAUAACAAGGCAGUCACUUGCAGAGCCACAGCUGAGUGUCAGGCUAAUCCUCCUUCUUUCCUGAAUUAGUCAGAAAAGCCUGACUUUUCCUUUGUCCAUGUUUUCAUCUUUUCUUUUGGAGACCGGCCAGAGCCUAGACAAUCUUUCUCUGACACUUUGGGCUUUCCCAUUCUUCCCUGGAAGCUCUCCCGCCCCCCACCUGUGCAGGCUGCCAGCUGACCUCUUGCUUGACUCAAAGGUCGUUCCUCCUCUACUCCAUUCCCCUCUCCUCCAGGCUGAUACUGAGAUUUCCAGCUUGUCUGCCUUGUUUUUCUUUUAAACUCUAACAAAACUGUCCUCAGCUCUAAACAAAAUAAAACAACAGGCUUUCCUCAUUCCCACCAGGAAGAGACCUAACUCAGUUUCUGGAAAUCGAGGACCUGCCUCCAACCACCCUUCUGCAGUGUUUCUGCCUGUGCCUUUGUUUCCCCUUUCUUUGUCUUUUCUUUUUCACUUUUUUUUUUUUAAACAGAGUUUUAGCAUGUAGCCUGCACAGGCUUCGAUCUCAAAAUAAUACCUUCUACAACCUCCCACCUGCUGAGAUUAUAGCACCGGCCACCAGGCCCAGCUACCUGUGCAUUCCCUGUCUACCCUACACUCUCAGGAAACCUUGGCCUCUGCUACUGUGUGUUUGGUCCAUGUGAAAUGUGGCCUUACAGGAGCACAGCCACUCAAGCUGAAGACAUUGUUUACAGCCUAGAAUGCUCGGCACUGGUGCCCCUCUGGGAAUGUGGGCUAUUCGCAGAGUGCUCUUACCCAGCCCUGGGCUUUCUGCAGCUUCUGAAGCCUACCUUUCCCACCUGGGAUGAGUCCCAGCAACAAGAGAAAGAAAGGCAAAUGUUGUCUCAGGAAUCCUCUGUUCUGAGGCACACCCACUCUGUGCCCGUUAAGCAAAGGUUUUAUUGGAUAUUAAAAUUUUGUUCUCAUGCCAUGUCUAACAGGUCUUCUGAGACAAUUAUUUUUGACUUCUCCUACUCAGGGAUUUCUUUUAGGGAUUUCCAACCCAAAUAUAUCCUGUGUAUAUUUUCCUUCAGCCAUACUAUUCUGGGUUAUUUAAUUUUUCUUGGUUAAAGCCAAAUCUGAGUUAUUUAUAAAUUUACCCUAUGUUCAUAAUAAAAAAAAAUCAUAUAUCCCUGAUA